UCCCUCUCCCUCCCUCCCUACCGCUCCUCCUCCGUCUCGCCGGCGUCGCCAGCGCCGCCGGCCGGCCAUGGGUUGCGGUGGCUCCAAGGACGCCGUGGCCACCGGCAACACCACCGCCAGCGGCGCCGCAGGCAAGCUCCUCCGGAGGAAGUCCUCUGUCUCCACCGGCCAAGGCCACGCCUCCUCGUCCUCCUCCGGCAACACCGCCGUCGCCGUCAAGGACGUCGUGAAGGAGCCGGCCGCCGGCGCGGCGGGCGUCGUCGAGGCGGCCUCAGCCGGGAAGCCCGCGGCCGCGGCCUCCGACGAGAAGAACGAGAAUGACGACGACUCCGUGAGGGAGCGGGCCGCCGGCGAGGCAAAGGCGGCUGACAUCGUGGUCAUGUCCCUCGAGGAUCCCGCCGCCGCUGCGACCGUCGGGGAGAAGAAGGAACCCGAGAAGGAUGGUGAGGUGGCCAAGAAGGAUGUAGUCGCCGUCGCCGCCGACGUCGCUGCCGCGGCUCCUGCUGUUUCGGCGGCGUCCGAAGCACCCGCGGAGCAAGCCGAGAAGGUGGUGGACGGGGAGCAGCUUCCAGAAUCGACCAUGGCCGAGGAGACGCCGGCGGAGGCGGCGGCCAAGGUCGAGGAGGAGAAGGCAGAGAAGGCUGGGGAGAGCAAACCCGAAGAGGAGGAGGAGAAGGCGACGUCUCCUGCUCCGACCAAGGAGGAUGAGGAACCAUCAGCCGGGAAGCAGAACAACACGGAUCCCCUGGAGGCCACACCGGUCGAGGAGCACAAGGCGGAGGAGGCGGCCGUCGUCCCAGAGCCGACGGCGGAGGAGGAGGAGGAUAAGAAGAACGCCAGCGACGAACAGACCGCCGCCGCCGCCGCAAGCGAACCGCCGGCCAACUAAUAUAAUGGAGCAUCAUUGAUUAGGAGAGGAGGCGAGGAGACGGCUUGCAACGAGCGCAUCAUCGAUCAAACAAGCAAAUUAAACGACAUUGUGAUGCGUUCGUUGUACGUGGAAUCAAUACAUGGUUGUGGAUGCUGAUCGAUCAAUCAAUGCAUUCU